AUGUCUACCACGUCUGGCACUGACUCGUCAAACUCGUAUGGCUCUGACGCUAGCUCGGAGUAUGUGUCCGACUCGUACUCGUCGUCUGCGGCUUCGGCGUCGGGCGACAACUUUCCGCCCGACGGCAAGCCGCAUCGCUCGCCGCUGCUUGGGCCCGACGACGAGCUCAUCACUCGCCCUGCCCAGUACCCGGAUGUUGAGACCACCCAUGACGCGUUCAUGACUUCGGUGGCGGCCCGCCCGGAUGCGCCCUUCCUCGGCAGCCGCAAACUCAUCUCGCCCGGUCGCGCGCCUGCGGCUGCCGCCUCGUCUGGCACUGGCACUGGCUCAUCGUCGGGAAGCUCGUCGAGCUCGUCGAGCGGAUCGGAGCAGGCCGAGGCAGCGGACGAGGGCGAGGCGGCCGAGUUUGGACCGUUUGAGUGGAAGAGCUAUGGCGAGGUUGCGGAGCUCGUGCGGCACUUUGGCUCUGCGCUGGUCAAGAUCAAGAUGGGCAAGGUGCUUGGGUUGUACAUGGACAACUGCGAGGAGUGGGUGAUUGCGCAGCUUGCGGCCAACGCGAUGGGCAAGGCUGUGGGCGGGAUGUACGACACGCUUGGCGAGGAGGCGCUGCGGUACUGCAUCGACAUGGCGGAGAUGAGCGUGGUGGUGGCGUCGGGUAAGAACCUGCCGCGGAUCCUGGCGGUGGCAGAGGAUACGCCGACGCUCAAGUACGUGGUCUACCCGAACGGGUCUGUGGACAAGAAGGCGGCGCGUGCGGCCAAGAAGACGGCCAAGGCGCGCGGGAUCAAGCUUUACUCGUUUGACGAGAUGUACGCGCUCGGGGCCAAGGGCAAGGUGCAUAAGUUUGCCUCGCAGCGCAAGCUCAACGCGUCGACGCUCAACACACUCUGUUUCACCUCGGGCACGACAGGCCUGCCCAAGGCGGUCAAGCUGACGCAUGGCAAUCUGGUGGCCAACCUGGCGGGCGGGAUGGCGUCCGGGCUGAAGCUCGAGCGCUUUGGCGAGGUCCAUCUCUCGUACCUCCCGCUGCCGCACGUCUUUGAGCGGCUCAUCCAGCUUGGGGUGACGGUGACGGGCGGGGCCAUCGGGUUCUUUACCGGUGACGUGCGGAACUUGCUGGCGGAUGUCAAGGAGCUGCGGCCGACGAUUUUCCCGGCGGUCCCUCGGGUGCUCAAUCGGAUCUACUCCAAGGUGAUGGGCGACGUGGAGGCGACGGGCGGGACAAAGGCCAUGCUGUUCCGGCGGGCGUACAAGACGAAGCUCAAGAACAUGCGCAAGGGCGGGUGCUGCUGCUGCUGUCGCGGGUGCUGCAAGAAGCCGAACAACACGCACAUGGUGUGGGACCGGCUGGUGUUCAAGAAGACCAAGGCUGCGCUCGGUGGGCGAGUCAAGAUCAUGGUCACGGGCUCGGCGCCGCUCUCAUCGGACGUCAUGGAGUUCCUCCGCAUCGCCUUUGCCUGCACCGUCCUUGAAGGCUACGGCCAGACCGAGUGCACGGCGGCAGCAACGCUGACCGACGCCAAGGACUUUACCGUCGGCCACGUCGGCUUCCCGGUCCCAUGCGGCGAGAUCGCGCUCGCUUCGGUGCCCGACAUGGGCUACUACCCGGACGACGUCGAGGUGCCGCGCAAGGCGCGCAAGGCCGGCAACAUCAAGGUAGGCGGCGAGAUCUGCCUCCGCGGCCCGCACGUCAUGUCGGGCUACUACAAGAAUGCCGAGAAGACGGCCGAGACCAUCGACUCGGAGGGCUGGCUCCACACUGGCGACAUUGGCAUGUGGCUGCCCGACGGCCAGCUCAAGAUCAUCGACCGCAAGAAGGCACUCUUCAAGCUCUCGCAGGGUGAGUACGUCGCGCCUGACAAGUGCGAGGGCGUGCUCGCACUCUCGCCGCUUGUCGCGCAGGUCUUUGUUCACGGCGACUCGCUCCAGCCGCGGGUGGUGGCCGUUGUUGUCCCCGACGCCGACGCCGCCGCCGCCUGGGCCGAGGAGAACGCCGACAAGCUUCGCAAGGGCAAGGGCAAGGGCAAGGGCAAGGGCAAGGGCAAGGGCAAGGGCAAGGAUAAGGCCUCGCUCUAUUCGUCGCCUGACUUCCGCAAGGCCAUUCUCGCCUCGAUGGUGGCCGAGGGCCGCGCCGCAGGCCAGGACGGCCACCCGAAGCUCCGUGGCUUUGAGAUCCCCAUCAACGUCUACCUCCACCCGCGUGAGUUUGGCGACGACGAGCUGACGACACCGACGCAGAAGCUCAAGCGCUCGGUCGCUGCUGAGUUCUUUGCCGACGAGAUCGAGGCCAUGUACGAGGAGGGGGCCAUCCUUGACAAGUAG